GUGAUCUUGUCUUCGUCAAUCGACAUUCGACAGAUAUUGAGCAAUGUCAUUUAUUGCCAAUUGUCAUCAGACAUCAACAAAAAAAAAUAGCUAAGAGUUUUACUUCAAAUUUUGAUGAGAUGGUUUAUUUAAAAACAAAGAAUAAUUAAUGUCACUUCAAUUUCUAAUAUUUGUACGCAACUAACUGCGGUGUACGUUUUUGUGCAUGACAGAUACACUCUAUCUAAAUAAUUCAGUUCUGAAAAAUGAUGGCGCACAGUGAUAUAGAUUAUUCUUCCCAUGACAUGGCUCAUAUGAAUCAUGGUGCUCAUCAUCAUGAAAUGGGUAUGAAUGGAUCACACAAUAUGGAAGAUAUUAUGAGUGGUAUAUUUAAUUCAAGUAACGACAUUAAGGUUAUUCAAGGCAGUGAUACAUUCAAAUCUCAUGAAAACCUCCAUGAUGGCAGCAAACAUGAUGGCGGGCACAUGAUGUCAAUGACUUUUCAUGGUGGGUUUGUAGAAAAAAUUCUUUUCUCAUGGUGGAAUGUUACCAAAGUGGAAGAAUUUAUUGGAUCUUUCUUUGCAAUAUUCAUCUUGGCUGUUCUCUACGAAGGUCUAAAGUACUACAGGAAACAUUUACUAUGGAAAACGUACACUGGCCUCCAAUAUUGUGCAGUGGCACCGCCCGACAAAGGUGUCUCAAAUAUUUGUGCACCAGAUGAACCUCAAGUCAUUCAACCUAUACCCCACACAUUAGAAAGAAAUGUGCCCAGAAUGAUGAGCGCGGCUCACGGCUGGCAGACAGUUCUUCAUGGUUUACAAGUGUUAGUGAGUUAUAUGUUAAUGUUGGUUUUUAUGACAUACAACACGUGGCUAUGUGCUGCCGUGGUCCUUGGAUCUGCAACUGGUUACUUCCUCUUUGGUUGGCGUGAAUCAGUGGUUGUUGACUUCACUGAACACUGUCACUGACACAAAGUAUGUUACAGUGUCCACUAUAGUAUUAUUUGCAGCUGCAAUUUGUAACCUUGCCUAUAGAAAAGGAAUUCAAAAUGGUUAUGUAUAUCAUGGUGUUAUAAUAACAUAUUAUUUUAAGACAGCCUUUUUGGGUGACAAUUUAUUUAUACCAGUUAUUAUGUACUGUUUAAGGUAGCUCACUAGAUGAAUUAAAACUGCUUUAAAUUA